AUGAAGCAGAAACUGACAUCAUCAGUUCAAACCAUUCUGCUACUUGCUCUGACUGCAGUGAGUCUGAUGGGUCAGUCAUACCCUGGAAAACCUAAGAUAAUAAGAUGUCAUUCUCUAGAAAAGGAAACCUUUUCUUGUUGGUGGAAGCCUGGCUCAGAUGGAGGACUUCCUACCAAUUACACCAUGUUCUACAGCAAGGACAGUGAAGAAAAAAUCUAUGAAUGUCCAGACUACCAAACAUCAGGUCCCAAUUCCUGCUACUUUGAUAAAAACCACACUAAUCCCUGGACAACAUAUAAUAUCACUGUAAUAGCAACAAACGAGAUUGGAAGUAACAUCUCGGAUCCUCAGUACGUGGAUGUGACCUCCAUAGUUCAGCCAGAUGCUCCCGUGAACCUCACUGUAGAAACAAAAACAUCUGCUAGCAUAACAAACCUUUGGGCAAAAUGGUCUCCACCUCCAACAGCUGAUGUCAGAGCUAAUUCACAUGUGUAUCACUAUGAGCUACGACUAAAAACUGAAGGAAUGGAAGAGUGGGAGGAAACAAUACCUGUGGGAGUGCAGACACAGUACAAUGUGAUUAAGGUACAACCUGGAGCAAAGUAUGUUGUUCAGGUCCGUUGCAUGUUAGACCUUGGAAAAUGGAGUGAGUGGAGCUCUGAAAGACACAUUCAGAUUCCCAAACGACAGUCACCUCCUGAAAAGCCUACAAUAAUAAAAUGCCGUUCUCCAGAAAAGGAAACAUUUACUUGUUGGUGGAAACCUGCUUCAAAUGGAGGAUAUCCUAUUAACCACACUUUGCUUUACAGCAAAGAAGGAGAAGAACAAGUUUAUGAAUGUCCAGACUACAAAACUGCAGGCACCAAUUCAUGCUACUUUGAUAAAAAGCACACCUCUUUCUGGACCAUAUACAAUAUUACUGUGAAAGCAACAAAUGAAAUGGGAAGUAACGUCUCUGAUCCUCAUUAUGUGGAUGUGACUUACAUAGUACAGCCAGAUCCUCCUGUGAACAUAACUUUGGAAUUAAAAAAGUCAGUAAACAGAAAACCAUAUCUAAUCUUGACAUGGUCUCCCCCCCCACUGGCUGAUGUCAGAUCUGGAUGGCUUACCCUUGAAUAUGAGUUGCGACUCAAGCCUCAAGAAGGAGAGGAAUGGGAGACUGUUUUUGUUGGACAGCAAACACAGUAUAAAAUGUUUAGUUUAAAUCCUGGAAAGACAUACAUUAUGCAGAUUCAUUGCAAACCAGAUCACCAUGGAUCAUGGAGUGAAUGGAGCCCAGAAAAGUAUAUUCAAAUCCCGACUGAAUAUAGAGUAAAAGAUAUGGUUGUGUGGAUCGUCGUUGGUGUGUUGUCAUCUCUUAUAUGUUUAAUCAUGAGCUGGAUAAUGAUUUUGAAAGGGUACAGGUAA